AUGGCCCCGACGGCGUUUGCCCCCAAACUCAGCCAGGUCCUGAUGACCCCAGAGCCCCACUACCUCCCCGGCUACGGCGGCUACUGCCCCCGUUACAAAUUCACCCUGGGGCGGACUUACGGGAAGCUCACCUCGCAGCUGCUGGCCGCCCCCAGCCGCUCCGGCCGGCUGCUCCUGCAGCCCAACUGCUCCCUCUGCGCCGCAAAGGAGAGACCGGGGCACGGCCGGGGGUCCCGGGCCAAAGGCUGCAGCGCGAUCCCGGGUUACACGGGAUUCAUCCCCAGGGCCCAGCACCAUUUUGCCAAGACCUACGGAGAAAUCUGCAGGCAGGCUUGGCUGGAGUUUAUGCCCCAGCAGGAGCAGGGGGACCGUGGCCGGGGCCAAGCCAGGGAGGCGACCGAAGCCCUGCAGCUGGAAGGCAGACCUCUCCCUGCCCUGCCCAAAGCUGGGACUGCUGCUGCCGCCGCCGCUGCCACCCUGGCUUUCCGGGCCCCAGGAACGCCCCUUGCGCUGGAGAGAACCUUUGUUUCAGGCUUCACCGGCUUCGUGCCUCGCCUCCAGUUCCUGAUUGGAGCAAGCUACCCCAUUCUUGCCCGGCGGGCAACAAUGGAGUUUGAUGAGAUGCUGCACAAAACAGGGCAAGGCUCUUUGCAGAGGGGGGAUCCCCUCCCACCCCUGGCCAAGACGUACCCCACGGACCGGGGCCUCCUGCCCCACUACAGAGGCUACGUGCCAGGUUACAAGUUCCAGUUUGGCCACACCUACGGCCAUCUCACCCAUGACGCCCUGGGCCAAACCACCCUUGAGAAGCAGGUGCUGGAUGUCACACAGUAG